AUGGCCUUCUCUGAUCUGGAACAAUUAUGUGUUUACAUUAAUGAAAAGAUUGGCAAUAUUAAAAACACUCUGUUCUUAAGGAAUGGUGGCCAAGAACUUGCCUUGGUGACUAUAUUAAAUAAAAUAGGGGAUGAGAUCAUUGAAGUAAAUGAACUUUUAAAUAAAUUGGAAUUGGAAAUUGAGUACCAAGAACAAACCAGCAAUUCACUCAAGGAACUCUGUGAAUCUCUUGAAGAAGAUUACAAAGAUGGACAACAUCUCAAAGAAAACAUUCCAACCCAUUUGCCUCAAGUAGCAGUUACCAAGAACUUUGAAAAGGGACCAGAUGUGAACCCUGAAGAGCUAGUCAUCGUUGUGGAACCUGCAUCCAUAACUAAGCCCCAAAAAGGACAAAGAAACAUUAAGGACAUUUCAUUUAUAACUUCCGGGGAGUUCAAUGGUAUCCCUGCGUAUCUGAAAGCUCGUUUAACGUAUUGUCAAAUUAAUGAUGUCAUUAAAGAAAUCAACAAGGCUAGUAAAGAUAAGAUUGUACAUCAACCAAAGAAGCCGAUGAAUUCUGUGGUCAGAGACCUUUAUCACAGAUUUACAAAAGAAGAAACAAAGGAUACAAAAGGUCAUUAUUGUUUCUUAAUGGAAGUUGACAUAAAGGAGUUCAGGGCUUUGAAAGCUGACAAAAGGUUUCUUGUAAUCCUGUAUAUUUUAGAGCACGGCAAUAGAAAGACUAACCUGAGACCCCAUGAGCCCUUGAGCCAACCACAGAAGCGUAUAGGGAUAGAUCUGAACCUUAAAGGACAAAUUGUCAAUCUAAGAAAUGAAGAGAAAGAGGAAUUGUACAGAACCCAGCGAGCAAGGACCAACCCAAACUCUGGCCUUAGAGGCAGCCUGGGUGCCCUGCUGAGCGCACUCAGCAAGGCCCCCCCCACCCUGCUCGACGCACUCGACGCGCUCACCCAAGUGGGCACCUGCGCCAUGUGUAUCCACGGCGAGUGCCUGACCCGGUGCUAUGGCCUCUGCACCCAGGCUGAGCUGCAGCGGAUGCAGCGCUACCUGGGUCCAGUCAGGAGUGCAGGCCUGCGGGGGCGGACGCGAUCACCAUACCUCGUGAAACCAGAGCUGACUGCCCCACGACCCAGCCUUCGGAGGCCGCAGUACCCACUCCCACCGCGCCUCAGUCACCUGGGCAGCGAUGGGGUCUCGACUGCCUCACAGUCCACCUGGGCAACCUGCAGGCCCGAGGCAGGUAGCCCGGCCUGCUGCCUUCCUCUCCCUCUUCCAGCCCACGACGGGCUCAGGGAACGGACAGCAGCCCCACGUCGUCUGACGCAGGUGGAGGAGGAGUCUUGCAGGCAAGGUGGAGAGCGCGCGCGGUGGCCCAGGGUUCCGGGGCUUCAUGCGCGCACGCAGACAGUGCUGACCGCGGUGCGUUGGCAGAAUUGCCCCCGCACAGCCUGCCCUCGAGGUUUGCAGGCUGCAAACCUGGAAGGGCUGAGAGCUGCAACCGCUCUCUCUGGCUCCCAUCGUUUCCCCACCCGAGUCAAAGAGUGGAGGUAG